UCCCUCUACCCCACCCUCACUCCACCUCUAAGAUCCUUACCAUGCAACAAGCAAUCCCGUACAAAGAUUUGCUUCCCGCCGCCACCACAGCCGCUAACUCAGGUAUAACAAAAUUGGUGGCUGAGAAUCCAGUGGUGGUGUUUGCCCGAAGUGGGUGCUGUAUGUGCCAUGUUAUCAAACUUUUGUUACAAGGCCAUGGCGUCAAUCCCACCAUAUUUGACAUAAAUGAGCAGAAUGAAGCAGCCACAAUAGACGAAUUUUCGAAGAUUAUCGAUAAUCCAGAAGAGAUAGCCGACCGGCCACCACCACCGUUUCCGACAGUUUUUGUCGGCGGAAAUUUGCUUGGUGGACUUGAUGAAGUUAUGGCAGCUCAUAUUUCCGGUGAACUGGUGCCUCUGUUAAGAAAAGCUGGUGCCUUAUGGCUGUGAAUUUUGCAUUUUUCAUUUCUUUUACUUAUUUCAUUUUGUAUCCGGAGGAAAAAAUUAAAAAAAAUAAAAAUAAAUAAGAAGGUUAAACACGAUAAAAGUAUAGUAACACGUUAAUAAUAUGUUACUUUUUGGUUGGAUUUCAUAAUGUUACACUACUUGGCUUUAUUUGCGUGGCAGUUUUGAACCGUUAAUUUGUCACCUUUCUUGCCUUUGAAUAUUGACUUCUUAUCUCCAAAAAGAUAUAGGGGUAUUUUAAAAAAAAUUCAAUUUCA